GAAAGCUACCCUCAAUAAAUCAUCCAAAUUCACUACGUCAUAAUAAAUGGCCGGCUUCAAACUCAGAAAGGAAAAACCAGUUUUUGACAAAAAGGGCAACAGUGAGAAUAAGGAGCGCACCAACUUUUACACCCCAGAUAUUGAAGCAAUACAUCGAAAAGACAAAGAGAUACAUUUUCUCAGAGUUGUUUCUUUUACCACAAUCUUUACAACACUCAUCAUACUUGCAUAUUAUAGAUGGAAAGUUUCCCAACUAGAAAAGACACUGAAGAUAAAAGAUGAGCAAUACAUUGGGACAUUGACUGGUGGAGUAGUAUUGACGGGGGAAGAUGAUUCCAUGUAUGUCCAGAUCAUGGAUCAGUUUGUGUCUCUGAUUUAUGUUAUCGCCAUUUUGGUCGCAGUCAUUACCUGGUGUAUCAAAAUCAGUGAAUAUUAGUUGCGAGUCCUGACUCCACUUUUAAGAAUUCGAUCUCAUCCGAUUUUCAUUUUCAUGCUAUGAGGCGACAGAAGCUAUUCUAGACCGGGCUGAGAAUGACGGUUUCCAUACUAAAAGAAGCUCGCAGUUGCAAGAAAUUGGUACCGGAGUCUAUCGCUUUGUAUUAGCAAUGUCAAAACGUCUUUCGAACGAAGAACUCACUCAGCACGUUGAAAUGAAAAAGAGCAUUGAGAUUUAUCAGGGGUCAUCAACUACUGAGGUGCUGAUCUGUCUCCGGCGGAUACUUGGGAUGAAAAAUAGCAGGCGAAUACUUUAGAGAUGA